AAGAGAGAACAUUGCCGCGUUAACUAUGACCGGCCAUUCACAUGUUACAAGUGCGACUCAACGCAGUACAACAUGACGGACUACUACAAGAGACUGGGCAGACACUUUUGUUCGAAAUGUGGGAAAGAAUACAAAUGGAUGCAGUCAUUGGUCAGACACGAACGGGAAGAAUGUGGAAAAGAUCCGCAGUACAGUUGUUAUAUAUGCGGUGCAAAAAUUAGACAUAAGUGGGUGCUGAAGAAGCACAUAGUCAACGUUCAUGGUGUAGUCAUUCCGAACGGCAAGAACAUUUGGAACGAUCAACAAUAAUCAAGAAAAUCUACAUAAUACUAUCAUAAUCAUAUACAUAAUCAAUAGAUCUGAUUUUUAUUCCUGUACU